AUGGCCUCUACUGCAUACGUUCCUGAAUUGACUUUUGCUGAGGGCCAUUCAGAUGCCAUCAAUGUCCUCGCGUUUUCUUCGGAUGGCUCUUAUCUAGCCAGCGGCAGCGACGACGAAACCGUGAUCAUUUGGAAGACGCUCAAGGGGACUUUCUUGUAUAGGAUCACGAUGAGGAGCAAGGUUGACAGUCUAAUAUGGCACCCGCUCCGUGAAGGCACUGUCAUCGUCGGUUGCGAGAACGGAACAGUUUCACAAGUCCACAAUCUUUCUGUGAUGUCCAGUGAAACACAUCCUAUCAACCUCGGAGUCAAAUCGCAUAUCUAUUGCAUGGAUUACGCCCCCACCACACAGCUUCUCGCAGCUGCCGUUGGUCCGCACGUUUACCUGACUCGGGAAACCACACCGAAUACAUAUGCUGGUAUCGUUAUGCUUCCCAAUCCGCCUGUAGAUGCGGUCGCUACAGAAGAGUCCCGAGAACGUCCUGUCGCUCUAAAGUUUGACUCGACUGGAACGAAUCUGGUUGUGACUCAUAUGACUCGUGGAGUGUUCUGUUGCGACGUAGAAACGCAAAAUAUACUCUGGCACAUCAAACCACCCGGAACGUAUCCUACCAUGGCCUAUUCUGCUAUCUCUCAGAACUUCCGACGCAUCGCGGUCCAUAACUUCAAGGACGGUGUGCACUUGUAUGCGAUGGGUGCCAACGGAUCGCCACGCCCACGCCUCUGCAAAUUUGAAGCCGAGCCGCGAUAUCUGCUUGCACUUCAAGUUGCAUUUAUUCAUAACGGGGAUGCGGUGGUAUGCGGGUCAUCUACUGGCAACGUUUGUAUAUGGCAAACCAGCACUGGGGAACUUUACCAGACGUUGACGCAUCCCGGUCAGUCCACAUCGCUGCAUGAUAAUGAUCGCCCUUAA